UUCUCGUCAUCUCUAUCCAAUUUCACCGUCUCUCUAGGGUUUCGCGAACUGCUAUUUGAGUUUAGAAUCAAACUCGUCGGCGUUAAAGGGUCAAUUCUUCGUCGGAGCAUAAUUGUUUGGUUCAUAACGAUGGCCUCGAAGCUUCUAGCAGCCGUUUUCCGCCGCUCGUUUGAUAAACCCUACGCCAUUCUCCGCCCUUUUUCGACCUCUGCGGCUGCGGCGGCGGGAGUAGAGCCCUAUGAGGAAGAAACAGCUGGAGUCACCAUGAAAGGAGUGAAGAUCUCGGGAAGACCUCUCUACCUGGAUAUGCAGGCCACAUCUCCGGUGGAUCCGCGUGUGCUUGACGCCAUGCUCCCUUAUUAUCUCUCCCGAUUCGGGAACCCUCACUCUCGGACUCACCUCUACGGCUGGGAAUCGGACCAGGCCGUCGAGACGGCCCGGGCGCAAGUUGCGACCCUAAUUAACGCUUCUCCGAAGGAGAUUAUCUUCACUUCCGGUGCUACUGAAUCCAAUAACAUAUCCGUUAAAGGCGUCCUGCAUUUUUACAGGGAGAAGAAGCGCCACGUCAUCACCACACAGACGGAGCACAAGUGCGUACUUGAUUCGUGCCGUCAUCUGCAGCAAGAGGGCUUCGAUGUUACUUACCUUCCCGUUGAAUCCGACGGGCUUAUUAACCUAGACAAGCUCAGGGAGGCGAUUCGGCCCGACACGGGCCUGGUUUCGGUCAUGAUGGUGAAUAAUGAGAUUGGGGUUAUUCAACCCAUGGAGGAAAUCGGAAAAAUUUGCAAAGAAUUCAAUGUGCCUUUCCAUACCGAUGCGGCACAAGCUUUGGGGAAGAUUCCAAUCGAUGUAGACAAGAUGAAUAUAAGUUUGAUGUCGUUAAGCGGGCACAAAAUCUACGGGCCUAAAGGUGUUGGAGCUCUGUAUAUGAGGCGUAGACCGAGGAUUCGGGUUGAGCCCCAGAUGAAUGGCGGUGGACAGGAGAGAGGGAUUAGGAGCGGGACAGUGCCCACUCCCUUAGUAGUGGGGUUUGGAGCAGCCUGUGAGUUGGCCAUGAAGGAAAUGGAGUAUGAUGAUAAGAGGGUCAAGGCUUUGCAGGAGAGGCUGCUGGAUGGAAUUAGGGCUAAGCUUGAUGGAGUAGUGGUGAAUGGGAGCGUAGAAAGGCGUUAUGCGGGGAACUUGAAUCUGUCCUUUGCUUACGUUGAAGGCGAGAGCUUGUUGAUGGGACUCAAGGAGGUUGCGGUGUCGAGUGGGAGUGCUUGCACUAGUGCAAGCUUGGAGCCCUCUUAUGUCUUGAGGGCAUUGGGGGUUGAAGAAGACAUGGCGCACACCUCGAUUAGAUAUGGAAUUGGGAGGUUCACUACCGAGGAAGAGAUUGAUAGAGCGGUGGAGCUUACAGUGCGCCAAGUCGAGAAAUUGAGGGAAAUGAGCCCCCUUUAUGAGAUGGUUAAGGAGGGUAUUGACAUUAAGAGUAUCGAAUGGACACAACACUGAAUGGUUGCAUUCUUUGGGCAUUUUCUGCUACUGACUAUGAUUAACCAGAGAAGAACAUGCUAGGUGAGGUUGCAGAUCAGGCAUAGAGACUGCAAGCGAUCAAGGUUUUUGUCCAAGAAUGGGCAUUACAUGCUUAUGUUUUGUCUAUGAUUACUUGUUACACACUUACACGCAUUAGUGUCAUUCUGCAGGAUAAAUAUUGCAAGUGAAUUGGUAUUUAUUUAUAUAUGUUGAGAUUGUAUGUCUCUGAUAUUUGUACCCUCUCCCUUGCCAUACAGAUGGAAAAGCAUACAUUGGCAGUCUGAUAAUUCAGCUGUGUUGAUAUUGAUGUUUUAAGAUUUUGGGUGUGCAAAUUUUCAUAGCACUGUAUACGAAACAGAUUUGGUAUGUAUUUGCUAAUUUAUAUAUUGGUUAGCAGUUUUCUUUUAAAUACGUAUAAAUGGGGACUUCUGGUAA